AUGAAUGAUGAUAGAUCAUCACUCCAUUAUUACAAUCCAAGAGGAAAGGGAAGAUAUAUUGAGAUAAUGACUACCCAUUUCAAAAGAAAUAUUUAUUUUAAAGAACAAGAAGCACUAAGGGAGGAGGGAAUCAACAUUCCAAUAGGGUAUGGGGAUCCGCAAAUAGCAAAUCUUGAGUUUUCGAACAGUGCAUUAGAGAAGAAGCAUGCCCGUUUGGUAAUUAAAAUGUUUCCUUCAGUUUCCAACGAAGGCAUUCCAGUUCCAAAUUUUAGAGCACAUGUUGAAGACUUGACAGAGGGAAACGGGAUUGUAGAUCUGUAUUCAAAAAAAGAUCCAAGUUUCAACAAUAUUGUGGAAUUAAAAAAUGGAGAGUCCUUUGCCAUUAGUGGUAAAGAUAAUACUAUGAACGAUCAGGAAGCAACUCUCUUCAUUUCAGUAACAGUUUCCUUUAUCCACGGGGACAUAUUCUUAUGUGAAGUAAGGCCCAGUCUUCCCUGGAGCACGAAUCAUAGAAAAGAACUUGAGAUUUCUAAUACCUCAAAGUUCAAGAGACGAGAUUGGAACCCCAUCAAGUUUUGUAUCCCAUCCUGA